GGGGAGCGGGGCCCGGCCCGGCCCGGCCCGGCCCGCCCGCCCGGCCUCCUCCCGGCCCGGUACCGGCGGCGUCUCCGCGCCGGCUUGGUUAGAGCUCUCCUCCUCCGCCUUCCGGGGUGGGUAACCAGCCAAAGAAGUUAUGAAUGCCCUCUGUGGUCAGAAGUUGCUGGGCAGGAACUGUAUUUUCUUUCAUUUGGCUUCUUUGACCAAGCAUGGGAAGUGCACCACUAUCUGUAGGUCUUACGCGGGAUGUUGCCCAACUCGAGUCACUUGCACACAGUAUAGAUGCCAAAGGCUGGAUUUGAGUGGAAAUACUAGAAACCAUUUUUGGACUGGAAGCCAUGACUCCUGUAGAAAUUUAAUCUGUCAAGGACUGAGAGAUCCUCUGAAUGUCCCACAUACAGAAGCGUACAAGAAUGCACACCGUGACUGGGGAAGAUUUUUCUUCCAAUCUCAUCAGCCGUUGGGGGAGAAGAUCACAUCCCUCCAGAUCAGUUCAGUCAGGCAGCUCCCACAUACUUUUUCUGCUUGGAACACUCAGAUCGUCAGGUCUUUUCACACAUCACCAUCGUGUCAGGCUGCCCCAGUUGCUCUUCUCUGGAUCAUUGUUAAGCCAGCUCAGAAAUUAUUAGCUAUCAUUCUUGGCAGGAGCAUAAGAAAGUGGUGGAAGACACUUCCUCCUAAUAAGCGGGAAGUAAUUAAAGAAAGUGCAAGGAAAAAUAAGUGGAAGAUACUCCUGGGUGUCAGUAGCUUAGGAGUUUUAUUUGUUGUGUUUUAUUUUACUCACUUGGAGGAGACACCCAUCACUGGACGCCCUCGGCUGUUGGCAUUUGGAAAAGAGCAUUUUAGGGAACUAUCACAGAUGGAAUAUGAUAUGUGGAUGGAACAAUUCAAAAGUAACAUGUUACCAGAGACAGAUGCACUCCAUCAGCUUGUGGAGACAGUUGUUGGUCAUAUAUCUGAAAGCAAUAAGGACAUCCCACAGGUCUCAGCACUCCAGUGGGUUAUCCAUGUGGUAGAUGAACCAGAUGUAAAUGCUUUUGUGUUGCCAAAUGGUCAAGUGUUUGUUUUCACUGGAUUGCUAGAUACAGUUUCUGAUAUUCAUCAACUGUCUUUCAUUUUGGGACAUGAAAUAGCUCAUGCUGUGUUAGGACAUGCAGCAGAGAAAGCCAGCCUGGUUCACUUCUUGGAUUUUCUAUCACUCAUCUUUCUCACUAUGAUUUGGGCCAUCUGUCCUCGUGAUAGUUUGGCAGUUGUUGGCCAGUGGAUUCAGAGCAAGUUGCAGGAGUUUAUGUUUGAUAGACCUUACAGCAGAACAUUGGAGGCUGAAGCUGAUAAAGUGGGACUUCAGUUUGCAGCAAAGGCUUGUGUGGAUGUACGAGCAAGCAGUGUAUUUUGGCAAAAAAUGGAGUUAGUAGAAACCAUUCAAGGGCAGCCCAAGCUACCAGAGUGGCUCUCCACACACCCCUCUCAUGAAAACAGAGCAGAGCACUUAGACCGGUUGAUCCCAGAGGCUCUUAAAAUAAGAGAGAGCUGCAAUUGUCCAUCUCUUUCUGGACCAGAUCCUCGCCUCGUUUUCAAACUUGCCAUGCAAGAUCUCCUGGAAUCAUCUAAAGAUCAAGAACCCCCAAAUUCCACAAAGCAAGAUCUCUCAAAACCAAAGCUGGAUUUUCCUCACACUCAAAAAGUGGAAGAUAUGCCAGUAACUUUUGCAGUUAAACCUACAAACUAAUGAUCACAGUUUUCACUUUUUAUGAAACUUACGGUCCCUCAAGGUCUGUCUUACAACCUGAGUUUGUCUUUGAGCCAUAAAGAAGAUGUAGCUGCUCAUAUUCUGUGUUUCUUUAAUGUGAUCUGUCACUCAAGGCAAUAAGGAGCCAUGCCCACACGGUGAAGAGCAGCGUGUUGGAGCAGGAAGUUUCUUAUUCAUCAAGAGUUACUAAAAUAAAUCACUUCUCAGGGGAAAGAUAAUCUGGUACAAUCCAGUUGCACAGUGUAAUUUUCAGCUUUAUCAGGCUCACCUUGAUCAGAGGACAGAUGAGCCAGAAGUGUCCCUAAAGCAGAGGAAAAAGUACAGUUUUCAUCACUUAAGUUGUCUGGUUUAUCUUGCUGUAAUUUGGGUUAGAUCUGCUUGGCUUCAUUUGAGAAAUAAUGAGGAGAGCUCACUGCCCGUUCCACAUGUAGAAUGUUUAAAAAUAUUAAGCUGAGAUGCGGUAAUAGCCUAUGGGCUUGAUACACCCCCACUUAAUUAGGUGGAUUUACUGCUGGGAUUUUUCUUCUUUCUAAGGCAUUUUAGAAUAUGGAUUGAUUCAACAUUUUUCUUCAAAGCAACCUGAAAGGAUUGCACAAAGUUCAUUUAAAGAAGGAGUUAAAUAAUCUUCGAGAAGUCUCUCUUCUGAAUGAAACCACUGUGUAAGAACCAGUUUCUAGCACUAGAAUGCUUUGCAAGGAUGGCUCCUGUCUUUUUUUAAAUGGUCAGGGUGCCUCAUCAGAGGGCAGUUUUACUGCAGUGACAUUUGAUUUGGAUAUAUCCAUUUGGAUAGAAAUGAUUGCUGACAUGGAAAUAUAUAGUAGACAUGCAACAAGAUUUCUUGACUGCACAGCUUUUGCAGCUGUACCUUAUCCUAAAAGGUGACUUUUCUUCAGGAAACUGGCAUCUAAUGCUGAGCAUCCCCCCCUGACCACAGUCCCCCUGAAGCCACACAUUUUAUACCCUGGAGACUAAUAUGCACAGUAUAGGUAAAGCUCUGCCUUUCAUGAUGGACUAGUCAGCAUAGCCAGCAUGUUAAUCUUUGUUUGCAACUCUUUGAGUUGUCCUUGCUUUGCAAUUUAUGAAAAUGUUGAAAUGUCAAGCUUGCAGGAACAAGACACAGAAAGAAGCAGCAGUGAAUGGAAUAAACAUUGCAAAUACCGUUCCUUUAUCUAUGAAGAUGUACUUGCUGCUAGGUUUUUUUAUAGUCACUUGUAUUAAAACAAAAAUCUGUUUCAUAAAGAGACCAUUACAAAUAUUUUACAGUGUAUUGUAUUUUUAAGUAUGAAGAGAGGCAGACUUUAUCACAUUGCUUCAAUUAAAUCAGAAUGCAAGCUUUUCAGAAGGAAAAAAUAACCUACUCAGUGCUCUCAGUGAAUAUAGUUGGAAAAAAAACUUGUGAAACAAGUAAUUCUUUUACUGACUUCAGUUCACGAACCAGGGUCCUUUGAGAAACACCAGCAACUACCUAACUUGCCUCUAUUCAGAGGUAAGUUGAUGUAUCUGUAAUGUUGAUGAUUCUAGAUCUGAUUAUAGAGGUCUAGAUUGGCUGCAUAUUGCUCACAAGCUGUUUUUAAAUCUCUGCUCAGUAAUCCUGGCAAGAGGCAGAAGGUCCAGCCUGACCAUUAUUCAUCCAUCUAUUUUUAUUCUUAGUGACAGGAGUUUUUCUAACAGCCGUUCAGUGAUGUGUUAAAGCAUUUGGACAUUGUCACCUGAAGGUAAACAGAAAAAUACACUGUUUAGAUUUCCCUGUGGACCUUAUAGUUUUGUACUGCAGCACCAAGAAACAACACUACUGCCUCUCUCUCUGCAGUGUCAAAUCUUGUUUUCUAAUCUAGGGCUCCUCUUUGACAUGCAACUUGAUGUUUGUGUCUGUAUAGGACUAAGGGAAACAGAAAAGUUUUUCUAGUAUUUAAGAUGAAGUCUGAAACUACAGAAGUUUCAUAUUUCUGCUGUCUGUAUGAAGUGGCUUAAGUAUUGCAGUGAAAUGCUGGGGAUAAAAUUUUUAGGUUCACCAAGGGAGAUUUUUUUUUUUAGUUUGUAUGUAAAUAGUCUUGUAACCAUCAUCAUGGUGAUGUGAGAGAGAAGGUUUCAAGGGAGAUGUAAGAGCUUAUAUUAGACCAACGAAGACCUUAUGUACUUUUUCCAGCUACCUUGGUUUACUAAAACUUAUUUCUCUCCUUACAAAUCUUACAAUGCACACACAUACAUACAUAUGUGUAUUUAUAUAAAGUACACAUGAACAAAAAGUUAGGCCUCUACACUGAAAUACAAUAGUUUUGAAGUCCAAAAUGGAGUGUUGAAAAUUUUCAGUGUUUCUGAAUUAUCCCUAAUAUUUAUCAAGUGCUUUGAGAGGGGUUUCUUCUUUCUGCAUCUCUUGUGUCCAACACAGAAAAUGCCUUGUGUUCAUCUGCCUCUUAGAGGGUACUUUUUACUUUAAUUCUUACUAAAUAAUAUAUAUAUGACAUCUGUCUAUAUUGCUAAAUUAUUUUCUUUUUUCUUUCUUGAACAGAAAAAUUACAAAAAUGUUGUUUUCCAAUGCUUUGGGAAUUCAUAGUAAAAAUUGCACUUUAAAAAUUAAAGAACAUAUAAUAAUUUCA